AAUAACGUCAUGCGGAACCAUAUGACUAACGAUUGAUCGAUAAUCAAAUCCGCAAGAAACUCGUUCACAUAGCAUUUGAUUUCUACAAACACAACCUUGCCCUCUGGAUUCCUUGGGUUCUGAGAAUGUCUCGCUCGAUGCUAUCGUCUGCUGCCCGCCAGCUAUGGCGGCAGCGAUCCUCUCGCGCAGGAGUUCCAGCCUUCCCAUCCUCAAAAUCCCGUUCGGGCAUCUCCGCAUCGUUCAGUGAUUCUAUCCCCCGCCGGUCGAUAUCCUACGCCAUCUGCGAGUCGAAGACAUACCAAAUCACUUCCCCACGGAGAAUCCCCAUCACAAUCGUGCGUCUCCAACAGCGUUGCGCCUUUUCGUCUACCUCCAUCAGACCCGCCACCAAGGUCUUACAGAACCCGAGAACCGGCGAGGAUGGCAAUCCACUAACGAUUGAAAUCUCGCCCCGCGCUGCAGAAGUACGUUCAGGUCGCUGUUUAUCUGUUAUAUCUUUUGUUUCUUCUAAGUGUGGCGUGACUCGGCGUUGGGCUGGACGGGAGUAGCUCCUGAUUGUGACAAAUUGAGCCUGGAGUUUUGCGACUGAGCGGAGAGUGUACUAAACGCUUCGGCGCUAAAACUCCCAAUCAAUCGUCCAAUAAGUACAUACGACCAUAGGGUGUGGAAAACAGGGCUUCCCGUCCGCUCA